AUGGCACUUGAACAAAUCAACCAACCUCCAGAACAGCAAGAUGAACCCCAAGCGAUUUCCGGCAUCGAUGACGACGGCGACGCUAAAUCUCGAGGGGAAACGCCAAAAAGGGAGAGGAAACCGGGGACGUUGAUAAUGUCGCCAACCAAUGUGGAACAAAAUCCUCAUUUUCUUGUCGAAUUCACCCCCGGAGACCCGACCAACCCAAUGAACUUCACGCCCGCCAGGAAAUGGUUCAUCACUUUCAUCGUCACCAUUUCCAUCCUCGCCAUCACUCUCACCUCGUCGGCCUACUCUUCGUCGGCUGCUCAGGUCAUGGCCGAGUUUGAUUCCAGCCCGGAGGUGUUCGCCCUGGGUGUGUCACUGUUCGUGCUGGGUUUCGCGAUUGGUCCCGCGUUUUGGGCACCCCUCUCCGAGUUAUACGGCCGCCAGAUCCUAUUCAUCACCACUCAUGCCCUCGUUGUUACCUUUGUUGCUGCCUCGGCCGGAUGUACCUCGAUGGCCCAGCUAUUGGUCUUCCGCUUCCUGGCUGGCACCUUCGGAGCCUCGCCCAUGACCAACUCCGGUGGUGUCAUCGCCGAUCUAUUCCCGCCUGCCCAGCGGGGCUUAGCCAUGACCAUAUUUGCUGCCGCGCCCUUCAUGGGCCCCGUGUUGGGUCCUGUCAUCGGUGGCUUCAUCACCAUGAACGUUGGCUGGCGUUGGGUUCACGGCGUCUGCAGCAUCUUCAUUGGCGUCGUGUGGAUUGCCGGCUCUCUCUUAUUGCCCGAGACGUACGGCCCCGUGAUCCUACGGAGACGAGCUGAUGCUCUAUCGCGCGAGACGGGCACCCUCCACAUCAGCGUUCUGGCCGCCCAGAACAACAGCGCGACGCCGGCCGAGGUCUUUGGCCGUGCCCUCAAGCGCCCUUGGGUGCUGCUCUUCCUGGAACCCAUCGUGCUCAUCUCGGCCAUCUACCUCGCCAUCCUCUACGGCAUUAUCUACAUGUUCCUUGGCGCCUUCCCCAUCGUGUACCAGGAUAUCCGCGGAUGGAGCGAGGGCAUCGGGGGUCUUGCCUUCCUCGGCCUCGCCGUCGGUAUGAUCAUGGGCUUGAUUUACACCAUCUACGAUAACCGCCGCUACCAAAAGCUGGGUAGCGACGCCACGCCCGAAUCACGCCUACCCCCGUCUUUGAUCGGCGCCCUGGUCUUGCCCGCGUCCAUGUUCGCUUUUGCCUGGACCAACGCGCCUAGCAUCCACUGGUCGGCCAGCCUUAUCCUCUCGGCCCCUUUUGGUUUUGGCUGUGUGCUAGUUUUCCUUUCCUGUCUUAAUUACCUACUGGAUGCUUACACCAUCUAUGCUGCGUCAGUUUUGGCCGCCGGUGCCAUCCUUCGGUCUCUAUUCGCCACGGCGUUCCCGUUGUUUGUGGGCAAGAUGUACACAAACCUCGGCAUCCACUGGGCCAGCUCCAUCCCGGCUUUCUUGACUGUCGCCUGCAUGCCCUUCCCGUUUCUGGCGUACAAGUACGGUGCGGCAAUAAGGAUGAAGUGCAAAUACUCCCACGAGGCCGCCAUUCUUCUGGCCAAGAUGCGCGGGGCCGACACCGCCGGUGCCACGACCAGGGAAAGGGAGGAGCCGAUCCCUGCUUGA